GCAUCCCCCCCCACCCACCCACUACCCCCCCGACCCCCCCGCAGCGAAAAGGAACUCUGAACUUGCAACGUGUUGCAGGCUUUGUGCAGUCAGCACUGACACCACAAACUCAGCCUUUUUCACUAUUUUUUGUUUUGUUUUGUUGUUUCUUCCUCUCGCAGAGCCGAGGCGUCUGCGGGAAUACUGCGGCUCGAGACUCGGCACGCGAGGAAGCGAACUGCGGUUCGGGACAUCCUCUGCGGCGCCGCGUGGCCCUUCGUUCACUGGACGCGAGUUCGCGUCCCCACUGCGGCGCGUCUCUUCUCCAAAGUUCGUUGGACAUUUUCACGUAGACGGACGGCUGGAAUAUCACCGGCGGGAGGGGGUGGUGGGGGGGGGAGGCUGACUGCACACAACGUUUCCUUCAGUCCGUGGAUGCCGCGCCCCGGGAAACCCUGUCAAAGCCGUGAGCUUCGGGCGACGUUAAAGCGAAGCCACGUUCAUAGAAGCCGCGCGUAAUAAUACCGCCGGCCGAGGCGCCGCUCAUUGCCGGGCGCGUGACAUUUCGAACUUGGCGAAGUGCUCUUUUUGCGCGCCCCUGCUCGCUCGGGACGCCGCGGAUCUAUUCUGUGUCUUUAGAAAACGCUCCAUUCCAUGCAGCUCUCGCCUCGGCCGCUGUCAUCCAGCGAAGACAGUCCGUCGUGGCUUCGAGUCCCCGGGGUAACCAUGACAACCGAAAGAAACCCAAAGUGAAUCCCUGGGAGCGGGCAGAGGCCGGACAGUGCGUCGAUAGAGUUUCUCCCCAUUUUGUUCCGCGCUCAUUUCCUCGCGCAGACACUUUUUUUGUUUGUUUUGCAGGGCACCGCUCGCCGCUGCGCUGCGUGUCAUUCAAACCCGACGCGGUCUAUUAAAAGUACCCGCCUCGCUGGUGACUGAACUUCUACCAUUUAUGAAGCUGCGGGCCAGUUCCUGCAGACAACACGGUGACCGGGAAGAGAAUUGAGCACUACUACCGCGAGAAAAACCGGUGCGUAAAACAAGGAGGAAUAAUGGGCCUCUCACAAACGCUACUCUUCUACGCGCUGGUGUGCGUUCACCUUGGAGUUUCCCAGCAUCACCUCCACCUCCGCCCAUCGCCCAGCGAUCACCUCCCCGUGCCGGUCCUCAAGGAGGACCCCGAUCCGGAAUACGACCCCAGGGAGCAGGACUUGGCCGAGAGGACUCUGAGGAAAAAGCUCGGCAGUAACUUUGACCCCAACUUCAUGUCGAUCACCUCGCCCAUGCUGGCGAACCACUCCGCGUCAGACAACCAGGUGAAGCUGCAGGGGCCCAUGCCGAACGAGAUUAAAAAGCUGGACCUUACAGAGACCCCCUACGGGAAGCGGGUGAAAGUGGGCAAGAAGGCGCGGAGGAAAUUUCUGCAGUGGCUGUGGACCUAUACGCACUGCCCCGUGGUGCACACCUGGAAGGAUCUGGGCGUGAGGUUCUGGCCACGUUACAUCAAGGAGGGAAACUGUUUCUCUGAGCGCUCGUGCUCCUUCCCCGAGGGGAUGUCUUGCAAAUCCGCCAAGUCAAUCCACAAGAUUAUCCUCCGGUGGUAUUGUCAAGGGUUUCUAAGACAGAAAUACUGUACGUGGAUACAGGUGCAAUACCCAAUCAUCUCAGAGUGCAAGUGUUCGUGCUGAUUUUCUCUAAGGACGUGGUGGAGGUCGAGGGGGAGUGGACUGGAAAUACGGUUUCUAUUGCACUGUUAACUCUCUACAGAGGUGGGCACCAUAGCAAAUCUAUUUUUUUAUAUAGCAUUUUAAGUGAAAUACCAACAUUGUACAUAUUUAAGAAAAAUGCAGCUAUUUUUUCUAAUUGAACAAGGACCAUAUUUUAUUCUCAACCCUGAAACGUGUUUUUUGGGGGGAACACAAGCACUUCAUAUGGAAGAGCUUUUUUGGGGGGGGGAUAUUUUUUAUGAGACAUUGAAGAUGCGAUGCAUAUGCUACACUUCUCCAAGAGGUGAACUUUUCUUCAACUGAACAUUGAUGCUGACUGUUAUUUCACUGCAAUGCUGCCUAGAGUUUUUGUAUAAUAUUAAUAUCAAUAAUAAUUAAAUUGUAAAAAAAAAAAGUUGAGGUUAAAAAUAUAUAUAAAUGCGUGAACUCAGCUUUUUUUGGAAUACAUAGUAUUGUAGGAAUAAAACAAUCUGUACGUUUUAUUUAUUAUUUUAACGAUUGUGAGUAUAGAGCAUAAGGAAAGAGAAUAGCAGAGUAUACCAGAAAAAUAUGGGAGAUGUCUACUUGAAUAUUUCUAAAAACAAACAAAAAAAUCAAUAAAAUCAAUACAAAAGUAAAACAUAUCAGUGUACAUGUUAUGUUUACACGUUUUAGCAAUAAAGUCUAUCAUGUCAACGUG